CCGUUCCUGAGUUCGCUCUCGCAUAAACGACGCAUCGACUCUACCUCCCUCUCCUCCUCCUCCCCCCUCUCUAGCAAUCGACGAGCGAUGGCGUGGGCGACGCGGUUCCUGUCAGCGGUGUGCUUCUUCGCGGCGGGCGUCCUCUUCGCCCCAGAUGUGCUCGUCGGCGCCCGCUCCGGUUCCGGCGCCACCGCCGUCACGGCCGCCAAGGUGUCCCACCUCCUCUGCUUCGCCACCUGCUGGGGCGCUGCGCUCUGGGCUACCUUCAUAGGUGGAAUCAUCAUGUUCAAGAAUCUGCCGAGGCACCAGUUCGGGAACCUGCAGGGGAAGAUGUUCCCGGCCUAUUUCACGCUCAUCUCCGCCUGCGCCGCCGUCUCCGUCGCCGCCUUCGCCUACCUCCACCCGUGGAAGGCCGCCUCCGCCGUCGAGCGCUACCAGCUUGGCUUCCUCAUCUCCGCGCUCGGCUUCAACCUCUCCAAUCUGCUGGUCUUCACCCCCAUGACCAUCGAGAUGAUGAAGAAGAGGCACAAGAUCGAGAGAGAGCUUAGCAUCGGUGACGAGGUCGGGUGGUCGAAGAAUGUCAAGACGGCAAAAAGCAACCCUACCCUUGCUGCGAUGAACAAGAAGUUUGGGAUGAUCCACGGUCUCUCAUCGCUGGCCAACAUCAUGUCGUUCGGCAGCCUUGCCAUGCACUCUUGGUAUCUUGCCAGCAAGCUUGAGCUGUGAAGCGCACAAGCACCCAGCUUUACCACGAACACGGUUGAAUCUAGUAUCAUCGCAAUAUGCCUACACUUCGUUCUAAAAAUGGCUACAUGUUAUGAGCUUGCAGACAGAUUUAAUUGUAUCCUUGACUUUGGACUAUUGUACUUGAAACCACUUGCUGGAGGAAACGUUAACCCGUUUGAA